GUCGGCGGUCGUUACUGAUCGUCCAAUCACAGCCGACGUUGUUGGGAGGUCGUGUAUUGACAAGGGGAAGGUGACAUCUCGACGAUCAUUCCCGUAGCUGCUUAAGAUAAUAACUUUCAAAAGAGGAGUUUGGUGUCGCCGAGUGAGCUACAAUGUCUUUGGGAAGGGCGCUGGGUGUCCUUCGAGUUGGGACGCUGCUUUCAAGACGCGGCCCUCAGAGGAUAAUGACCAGAAAGGGUAGCGGUGGGCCACAUAUUGAGCCACAGUACAGGCAAUAUCCUCAGCUGACCAAGAAGCAACAGUUUGACGCAGAGCUCCUGAGCGGGGCCAUGUGGUUUUGGAUCCUGUGGCACUGCUGGCAUGAUCCCGACGCAGUCACGGGCCACUUCCCAUGGCCUGAUCCUGCUGCAUGGACAGAUGAGGAGCUUGGGAUUCCACCAGAUGAUGAGGAAUGAGAUAAUCCCCUUGUGUGUCUCAGGCCACUGGACAAGACUUCCUGGAAGUCAUGAAGAUGGACUGAAAGGCAUCGCUGUACAUAGACUAAUAAAAUUAUCUACAAUUAUA